CUUGAAUGGUGUUGUGGUUCUGUGGGUAGUGUGUGGCCUGUGGUGUUCUGUGGUGUGACAUGGGACGUUCUGAUGCGACGUGUUUGAAUGAAUGGUGAAGUCCGAAUGAAGUAAAUCAGCUGAUGAUGAUUGUUAUGAAAAAUAUCUUAAUUAUAAUCAUUUGACAAUUCGGGAGAUGAUUCAUUUUAUAAACCUGUAAUAGUAUAAUUUGCUGUUUUGCAUUUUCUAACAAAGCACGAAAGCAAAAAAUCAGCCAAGAUGUUUUCGAGUGGACCCAACUACACCAAACUAAAAACAAAUCUUCGUUUAGCAAUUUCUAGGCUAAAGCUUUUACAAAAGAAGAAAACCGAGCUCACAGAGAAAUCAAGGCGAGAAAUCGCCGAGUAUUUAACUGCUGGGAAGAUAGAAAGGGCCAAAAUAAGAGUAGAGUAUAUAAUUAGAGAAGAUUAUCUAGUUGAGGCUUUAGAGAUAGUUGAGAUGUAUUGUGAUUUGUUAUUAGCAAGAUUUGGGUUGAUUUCCAACAUGAAGGAUCUAGAUGAAGGUAUUGCUGAAGCAGUUUCUAGUUUGAUAUGGGUUGCGCCUCGCUUGCAGUCAGACAUACAGGAGCUGAAAGUUAUAGCUGAUCUUCUAGCAGCAAAAUAUGGCCCUAGUUAUGCUGAAGCAUGUUGCAUUGAAUCAAUUGAGACUAUCAGUCCAAAACUAAAGCAUAAAAUGUCUAUACAGAGCCCUCCCAAAAUACUGGUAGAAAAAUAUGUUAUAGAAAUUGCAAAAACAUUCAAUAUUGACUAUGAACCAGAUCCGCAAGUUAUGGCACAGGACAAAGGGAAGGAUGCCUUGCUUAUUGAUUUAUCAAACUCAAACAACUUAGGAGGAGGAGGUGGUGGUAUGCCUCAACCACCAGGAUUUGUGGGAUUUCCGCAGCCCCCACCUUUGCCAAACUUAAUGGAACCAUUUGCUUAUCCUUCGCUGCAGACAAAGGAUCCAUCUGCAGGACCAUCUGCUCCUCCAGCAGCAUUUCCUUACAAUAUACCACCUGGUGAUGAACAAAAAGAAAAUAAUACUGAUUUUAUGGAUAAGAGCCUACCAACUUAUCAUCAUUUAUACCCAGAUGCAAAUUUUCAGGACAAAUCAAACAAUGAAUUUGGCGAUAAUAUUGAGGUAUGGAUUCCAGAAAAAACCUUAACUGUUCAUGGUGGCUGCAUCUCAUUGUUGAGGUACAUUGCAGGAUACUCUGAAGUGAAUACUGAUAAGCCAAAACCUGCUCCAAGAAAGACCAACAAUCCAUAUGACUUACCAGAUUUGCCAUCAGUACCGAAUAUCCCACCAUCUCCUCCAGAAGAUAAGGAUGACGAUAUAGAUUUUGAAGAUCUAACUAAGCGGUUCAACGAGCUGAAGAAGAAGCACUAAUAUUACUAAUAUAUUUCUGUAGAAAAACAUUCAAAUAUGUACAUCAUCAUAUAUUACAGUUUUCACGGCUAGAUAUAGGACGAAAUGUUUAUUUUGUUUGAAACGUGUUUAUUUUUGUACUCGUAUUACAUCUAGUCUUUUGAAGAAGCAUUGCAUUAUAUUUUCCACUGGGCCAUUCGUCUUAUAUUUUAUAAUAUCACACAGUAUGAUAACCAGAUAAAUAUUGGAUUAUUUCUUAUUUUUUAGUUGCAAAAUAUGGUACACUUAUUUUAUUAUGUUCUCUUGUAAUAUAAAAAUUUUUAAUAAUA